CAAACUGUGACGUGACUGGCACAGCCUUGACACUUUAGCAGCACAUGUCUUUUGAUACACGGCGAAGCUUAACAGAUCUUGUCAGUUUGUCUGUAAUCUUGGUUUAGUUGCUCUGUGGAAAAAUGUGUUCUUCAUAAAAUAUAAAGCUAAAGACAUGACAAUGCCUACUGAACUGGCCCAUCACUGAUAUCAGCAUCUUCUGUCAACAGAAAAUUAAAUAUGGGGAACUGCGGCUCUUUUGAUCCUGAUGAAGAAUUCUCCUACCAUCCAGAUGAAUGGUGCGAUCAAUGUAACUGCCCAAAGCCUCCAGUCAGUCAGAACUAUGAUCCUCUGAUUCCGUAUCCAUCCCAGUACACACCUCCACCAUCAUCUCCUCUUCCAGAGAACCUGAUGGUAGCCUUAUACAAAUAUGAGCCGUGCCACAGCGAUGACCUUGGGUUUGAGAAAGGGGAGAAGCUGAAAAUCCUAAAUAUCGAUGAUCCUGAAUGGUUCAUGGCAGAGUCUCUGUUUACCGGGCAGAGGGGAUACAUACCACAUAAUUUUGUAGCAAAACUGAACAGCAUGGAGACAGAACCGUGGUUCUUUAAAAAUCUCUCCAGGAACGACGCCAUGAGACAAUUACUGGCCCCCGGUAACACGCAGGGCUCCUUCCUCAUCAGAGAGAGUGAGACCACACCAGGUAGUUUCUCCCUAUCCGUGAGAGACCUGGACCACACACAGGGUGACACCAUCAAGCACUACAGAAUCCGCAACCUGGACGCAGGCGGAUUCUACAUCACCACCAAGAUCUCCUUCGGUUCCCUCUCAGAGCUGGUCAAACAUUAUUCACGAGAGGCUGAUGGACUGUGCACUCGCCUGGUGAAGCCGUGUCAAACCCGAGUCCCUCAGAAGCCCUGGUGGCAGGAUGAGUGGGAAGUGCCCCGUGAAUCUCUCAAACUGGAGCGCAGACUGGGGCAGGGACAGUUCGGUGAAGUAUGGAUGGGGGUGUAUAACAACAACCGUCAGGUGGCUAUCAAGAAUCUCAAGACAGGUACCAUGUCCAUCAGUGCUUUCCUGGCUGAGGCGAACCUGAUGAAGACCCUGCAGCACCCUCGACUGGUGCGACUUUUCGCUGUGGUUACACAGGAGCCCAUUUACAUCAUCACUGAGUUCAUGGAGAACGGCAGCCUGGUGGAUUUUUUGAAGACUCCAGAAGGAAGUGCUUUAACCAUCAAUACGCUGAUCGAUAUGGCUGCCCAGGUCGCUGAUGGAAUGGCUUACAUAGAGCAGAAGAACUAUAUCCAUAGAGACCUGAGAGCUGCCAACAUUUUGGUGUCUGAUGAGCUCAUCUGCAAGAUUGCUGAUUUUGGCCUUGCCCGUCUCAUUGAAAAUAAUGAAUACACUGCCAGAGAAGGUGCAAAGUUUCCUAUUAAAUGGACGGCACCUGAGGCCAUAAACUACGGCACCUUUUCGAUCAAAUCAGAUGUUUGGUCAUUUGGAGUACUGCUGACAGAGAUUGUUACAUAUGGAAGAAUCCCAUUUCCAGGAAUGACAAACCCAGAGGUGAUUGCAAACCUUGAGAGAGGGUACCGCAUGCCUUGCCCUGAUAACUGCCCUGAGGACCUAUAUAAUAUCAUGAAACACUGCUGGACAGAGAACCCAGACAAUCGACCCACAUUUGAGUAUCUGCGCAGUGUUCUAGAGGACUUUUUCACCGCCACAGAGAGACAGUACCAGGAGCAGCCCUGCUGAAAAAAAUUUUCUUGGUAAACUGACAGUCCA